CCAUCUUUAUACAUAUAAAUUGUCAUUUUAAUAGGGCUGAAAUUGACUUGUUUAGACGAGUUCUCAAUUUGAGAUGCUUUGAGGAAGAUGAGUUCAAAAUUUAUAAAAUUGAAAUAACACGGUCAGCAGUUGGCCAUGCUGCUUCUCUCAUCGGACCUCCUUUAUCCUGUUCCGUGGUGAAAAAUGCCCAACUUCUGGAAAAUUCUUUGGCGAGUUGUGGACUCAUUCACAGAUCCACCUAAAAGACCGGAUAGCCACAUCAUCAUGGGUGCUCCAAUAAGCCACUUAAGUAUAAAGAAAUACUUCAGUUUAGGAAGUUCAGGAAACGAGAAAAACAGCCACAUCGUCAUGGGUGCUCCAAUAAGCAAGUCAAGAGUAAAGAAAAACUUCAGUUUGGGAAAUGGGAAAAGUUCCUCACAUCAUGCUCGAUAUUUGGUUCCAUAUUUAAGUCGCCAUGUGCAUUUUUCGCCAAGCACCUUGGAGCACCAAAGUUACCGAAAGGCGAUUAUGAAUGCGGAAACCAUUUCCUUCCAGAAUUUUAUGCGGGAGAUGUACGAUGGAUACUACGAACUAGUACUUUCCCAGAACCUAAGCACCGAAAGGCUGGGACUCAAGGGCCUGAAGCAACUUCAGAAACUGGCCAAGGACAUGUGGAAAACGAUGGACUGGGAGUGGAAGCAAAAGUACAAGGAUCUUGCCAAGAAGGCAAGACAUCGUCAAUCCUUGCGCCUGCCACCCGAUCCCUUUCGAAUUCCACUGCACAUCAGGAGAUCGUCCAAAAAGCUGAUGAAAACCAUAUCAACUAUAUAACUGCAUUCAGUGAGACAUCGAAAUCUUUUGCCAUAAACCAAAUAACGUGCUUUUUAUACAGUUUAGAUUAUGCACAUGCUAUUAUCUUAAA